GUGGAGGAACAAAUGCGCAGCUUGGCUUACGGAUCGGAGACGCUGCGGCCGCCAACGUCACAAAGGAUUCUAGAUGAGGUCCUUGCCAGGGUAGAGCCACCGGUAAGCGCGUUCGCCGAGUCCCUGGAGGAGAGCAACGGCAACGCUGUCGCCGCUGCGAGUCUGACCAUGAUCCAG